UUAAUAGUAGACCUAGUCCUUACGUCCCUAAAACUAGCGGAACAGGUAGUAUAUUAUAGAAUUUAUAAGAUAGACUAUAGGUCUAACUAUAGGGUAAUCGACUUCCGGUUCGAUACCUCCCUAACGAAGGCACCCCCGAAAGAGAGAUACUACCUAUUUAAGAACACAGACUAG